AUGAACGGAUACAGCAGCAGAAACAUCAACCGUACCAUCAAGAAGCUGACAAACAAGGAAUCCGGCCAGAACAACACCACGACGCCAGAGACAGAGAAAGAGAAGAUUAAGGCAGUGAUACUCCCAUACGUCAGAGGCACCACGGACCGCAUCAGCAGAAUUCUGAGCAAACACAACAUCAAAGCGAUUUUCAAACCAUGCAACAAGCUCUCACAAAUGCUCCCCAAUCCCAAGGACCGGAGACCCCCUUUAACAGCCCCAGGGGUUUACAAGGUCCCAUGCUCCUACGGCAAAGUGUACAUAGGAGGAACCGGGAGGAAGAUCAGUACACGAAUCAAAGAACACCAGCGAUGUGCCAAAUACGGCCACUUCUCACAAUCAGCUCGAGCCGAACACAAGAUCGAGACCGGACACGCCAUCCAGUUCGACAAAGCCACCAUGCUGGCCCCGUCCCAAAGCUAUUUCGCAC